AUGACGAAACUUACUGCAACGGUCCAGUUCGUUUUUGUGCUCAUGGCGUGCUGUACACAUGUUGUUAUCUGUUCUCCCAGUGCAAACUACACAGACAUGCUCUCUCUACUGGAUUUUAAGAAGGGAAUAAGCCUUGAUCCACAACAAGCUCUGAGGUCCUGGAAUGUCAGCACUCGUUUCUGCAGUUGGGAAGGUGCCAUGUGUUCGGUCAAGAACCCAGGUCACGUCACUUCUCUUAAUCUCACAAAUCAAGGUCUAGUAGGCCAGAUCUCUCCUUCACUUGGAAACUUAACAUUCCUAAAAAUCCUAGUCCUGUCAGCUAAUUCAUUCAGUGGAGAGAUACCUAUGUCCCUCGGUCGCCUGCAUCGCCUUCAAAUCCUUAGUCUCACUAACAACACGCUACAAGGACAAAUACCUGCACUUGCAAACUGCUCAAAUCUCACGGGGCUAUACCUGGGAUGGAACCAAUUAACUGGACAGAUUCCUGUAAAUUUUCCUAGCCGUCUUCAAGAGCUUGAACUUCAAGCAAAUAACCUCACUGGAACCAUCCCUGCUUCUCUUGCCAAUACAACAAAGCUACAGCGAUUUAGUUGUGCAAAGAAUAAUAUCGAGGGGAGCAUCCCAAAUGAGUUGGCAAAUUUGCUAGGGUUGCAGGCUCUUAUGGUGGGUCUCAAUAAAUUGUCAGGUCAGUUUCCACAGGCCAUCCUGAAUCUUUCUAAUCUAGUUUCACUUUCCAUUUCUUUCUGCAAUUUUUCCGGAGUUAUACCAUCCAGUGUUGGCACCUCUCUACCCAAUCUUCAGUUGUUCGAGAUAGGUGACAACAUCUUUCAUGGGCAUAUCCCGUCUUCAUUAACGAACGCUUCUGAGCUGAAUGACAUUGAUAUGUCAAGGAAUAAGUUCACUGGGGUGGUUCCUAGCUCCAUUGGCAGACUAUCUCAACUAUCUUGGCUAAACCUUGAGUUCAAUGAACUCCAAGCAAGCAACAAGCAAGACUGGAAGUUUAUGGACAGCUUAGCCAAUUGCACCGAGCUAAGAAUAUUUUCAGUACAAAGUAAUCUCUUAGCAGGCCAAGUGCCCAAUUCUGUAGGUAACCUUUCCAUCCAGCUCCAGGAUCUAUACAUGGGAAUAAACCAACUGUCUGGGGAUUUUCCUUCUGGUAUAGCGAACCUUCGCAACCUAAUCGCUCUAUCGCUGCUUGGGAAUAAUUUUACGAGCGGGCUUCCAGAAUGGCUUGGGACUCUCAACAGACUGCAAAGGUUAUUAUUAUUCAGCAAUUUCUUUACAGGUCCCAUUCCAUCAUCUUUUUCAAACCUAUCUCAGCUGGUAGACCUCUAUCUAGAUUGGAACCAGUUAAAUGGAUAUAUGCCCCCGAACCUGGGAAAGCUCCAAAUGCUUGAGGUGUUGAGCAUUUCUUCCAACAAUCUUCAUGGCAGUAUACCAAAAGAAAUAUUCGCAAUUCCAACAAUAGCCAAAAUUAGCUUAUCCUUCAACAACCUACAUGGACCACUACAUGCCGAUAUUGGCAAUGCCAAACAGCUCAUAUAUUUACAAAUCUCAUCAAAUAAUCUGUCCAGAGAACUUCCUAGCUCUUUGGGUAAUUGUGAGAGUUUGGAACAUAUUGAUCUGAGCCAAAAUUCUUUCAGCGGAAGCAUCCCUGCUUCAUUUGGCAACAUAAGUAGCAUAAAAAUGCUCAACUUGUCUCACAACAACUUAACUGGGUCCAUACCAGCAUCGCUUGGAAACCUACAAAUUCUUGAGGACCUAGAUUUGUCAUUCAACAAUCUUAGAGGUGAGGUCCCAACUAAAGGGAUAUUCAAGAAUGCAACAGCAGUGCUGAUUGAUAGCAAUCAGGGGCUUUGUGGUGGGCCACUGGACUUACACCUGCUUGCAUGUCCUAUCAUGCAUUCAGAUUCAUCUAAGCACAAGCUAUCAGUUUUACUGAAAGUAGUCAUCCCAUUAGUCAUAGUGCUGUUGCUUGUAGUGGUCAUUUCCGUUUUCUUGUUCCAAAGGCGAAAACAGAAGACAAAAGCUAUUUCUUUACCCUCAUUUGGGAGAGAGUUUCCGAAAAUUUCGUAUGGUGAUCUUGCCAGGGCAACUCACGGCUUUGCAACAUCCUAUCUAAUUGGUCAGGGAAGAUAUGGUUCUGUUUAUCAAGGAAAAUUGUUUCAAGAUGAAAAAUUGGUUGCCAUCAAAGUUUUCAAAUUAGGCACAAGAGGAGCAAAAAAAAGUUUCAUCGCAGAAUGUAAUGCUUUGAGAAAUGUGCGUCAUCGCAAUCUAGUUCAUAUCCUAACUGCAUGCUCAAGCAUUGAUGCUAAUGGAAAUGAUUUCAAAGCCUUAAUAUAUGAGUUCAUGCCACGAGGAGACCUACAUAACUUAUUGUACUCGAUACAAGACAGUGAAGGCCCUUCAUAUUUUAUUCCACUAGCUCAGAGGUUGAGCAUCCUGGUGGAUGUAUCAGAAGCUUUAGCGUAUCUGCACCAUAACCACCAAGGAACAAUCAUACAUUCUCAUGUUGGAGACUUUGGGCUAGCAAGGUUCAAAUUUGACACAGCCACAUCUUUUGUGGACUCAAGUUCCACUUCCUCAAUUGCACUGAGGGGAACCAUUGGAUACAUUGCUCCAGAAUGUGCUGCGGAUGGUCAACUUUCGACUGCCACAGAUGUAUACAGCUUCGGGGUUAUUCUCCUUGAGAUAUUCAUCAGAAGGAGCCCAACAGAUGACAUGUUCAAAGAUGGAAUGAGCAUUGCAAAGUUAGCAGAAAUCAACUUACCUAAUAAUGUGUUGCAGAUUAUUGACCCACAGCUGCUGCAAGAGCUCGACCACAGCGAGGUGGAUAAUGGAACACAAAUUUUGCAGUCUGUGCUGAGCAUUGGACUCUGUUGCACAAAGACAUCUCCCAAUGAGCGCAUCAACAUGCAGGAGGUGGCUGCCAAACUGCAUGAGAUCCAGGAAGCAUACCUUAGAGGAAACUGA